GCGUGGUGACGAGCGGGUGCCGUCCUUCACCAAACGGCAUGUGGCAACAGGAAGCGGAGAGGAGGUGAAAAACAAGAAAAGCUGGCAGCCGUUUGGCCGACGCGCACUCGAUGAAGACGACCGCAACAACAACUGAUACGACGCGGCCACAGCCCGGCCGGCGUUCUACGUGAUCUGGCGUUCCCGAUGGAGGACGUUAUGAGCGUCUGGUCCAGCAGCUGAUGGAUGCUUUGGCCACAAAGCUCGAGGUGGCGCUGCGUGUUUGCGGUCUGUGAAGGUUCGGACCCCGCCCGGCACGAGCUGAUGUGCUUUUGCAGAGUCGCCCUCAUUUGCGUCAGCAGCCGAGGAGAAAACUCGCAUCGGGAUGAAUGACGUGAAGAGCAUUUUCCAGUGAGAGGAAGCAAACAAGCGGUGCACAAUGCGGGCUGUCCUUCGGGACGCGGUGACUUGGCCGGUGGUUCUGCUGGGCCUUCUCCAGCAGACGCGGUCGGUCGGGUCCUUGGCGUCGGGACACAACUCCUCCCAUGAGGGCGGCUGCUUGCGCGCGGCCGACAUCCUGAGCUGCGCCGGGCUCGGCCUGGACCGGCUCCCGGCGGACGUGCCCGCCUCCGUGGUCACUUUGGACCUAAGCCACAAUCGUCUAGCGGCGCUUCGGGGGGGGAGCUUUGAGGGGCUGCUGCGUCUGCACACCGUACGCUUGGCGCACAACCGUCUGACGGCCAUCCUGCCGGGCGCCUUCCGAAACUCCUCCGGUGCGCUGCUGCGACACCUGGACUUGUCGUCCAAUAAGCUGCGGGCCGUAGAGGAGGCCUCGUUCCGGGACCUUCCCGGCCUGGAGGAGCUGCUGCUCUUCAACAACCUGCUGGUGAAGGUGGAGCGCAACGCCGUGGCGGGAUUGGGCGCCCUCCGCAGGCUCUACCUCAGCCACAACCGACUCCUGGAAUUUCCCUUCUUGUCCAUUCGAGAGCACCCCGGGCUGCUCUUGCUGGACCUGUCCUCGAAUCGCCUGCCCCGGCUGCCCCUGGAGAACCUCACCAGCCUGCCGGGUAGACUGCAGCAGACCCUUUACCUUCACGCCAACCCGCUGGUAUGUGACUGCGCCAUGUACCGAAUGUUCCGCCUGUGGGAGCUUCGAGGCUACCCGCCGGUGACGGAAUUCCGGCGGGACUACACCUGCCUGAUGUACGGGGUGAAGGGACUCUCCGCGCGCUUCCUCCCUAACUUCCCCCAACCUUGCAACGCUACCGCCGUGACGCCGCAGUCGAGCGACGUGGCGGUGAACGCGGGUCGGCCGGCGCUGCUCCACUGUAGCACCACGCUGACAGGGAAGCACGUCACCUUCUUCUGGGUCUCCCCGCACCAGGAGUACGUGUCGCCACCUGGCAACAACGGCUCGCUAAAGAUGUUCGUCAACGGGAGCCUGGAGAUCGUGGCUGCCCGAGCGGAGGACUCCGGGGUGUACUGGUGCAUGGCGCGUGACACGGUGGGCCGGCGCAACGAGACGCAGGAAGUGAACGUGACGGUGGUGAUGCAACACGCCAACCAGGACCACGACUCCUUCAACACCGGGUUCACGACCCUGCUCGGGUGCGUGGUCAGCCUGAUCCUGGUCCUCAUGUACCUGUACCUGACACCGUGCCGGUGCAGGCCCUGCAACAAAGGGGCCGGCCCCGCUGCCAACGAGGCCGGGCUGGAGAGUGCCCAGUCCUCCAUCCUAAGUCCCACCCCGCCCGCCACCACCGAGGGCCCGGGCCGAAAGGUCAGUACCAACAGACACGUGGUCUUUCUGGAGCCAGUCAGAGAGCAGCAGAACGGGCGGGUCAGGGUGGCAGGGGCGGUUCAAGGGCACCUGGGGCCGGGUUUGCUUCUGGAGCCCGAGGCGCGGCAAACGCUCCGGCGGGACGCCAAGUUUCCAGACACGUCCUUCGUGUUACCCUAGCAAGGGAACUCAGACAACUACACCGGUGCCACUAUUUUAUCUCACGGCCCCAUCAUCUUCCACACCCUGCACCCCCCCCCCCACUCCCACUACCAACAUUACAACUUCCACCACAUCCCGACUCCUGAUCGACACCUUUGCUUUGCCUUCAAAAUGACAGCCAAGAACCGAUCUGUGCACUGUGACCGGAUGGACGACGAGUCAAAUCACCAAAGAUGGCCAACAAACAAUUUGGGGGGGGGGGGUGUUUGCUGCGUAAACCUUUAAAAGCCCGCGAGUACCUUUAAGAACGCUUGCUGCAGAUGCCUUGAUGCCGCGCACGGAGCAAGCGUCCCAAUAGCUCGGCUGAAAAUAGAAGCUCCGCCUGCCGGGUUCGCUUCUCAUUGUUAAAUGCUGUGGCGAGGACGAGCAGAACAACAUCAAUAAAACAUCAAGGAGCACUUUUGAGGUUUUGUCUGCAAAUGUUUUCACUGCACUCACUUGCAUCGUCGUCCUUGCACUACCUCCACUUGCCGUCUCGCCGUGGGCCUAAUAAAAUGCUCCGAACGAACA